AAAAAAGACCCUACAUAUAUAAACACCAUCCCACUUCACAACACAAAAUCUUUCCUCCCAACAUCACGAUGCAGUAGCUCGCGCGCAAUCCGAUCCCUCGCCUGCUCGGCAUUGAUCGACCUCACGCCAUUCUCCGGUGCCACCUCAUCAUCGAAAACCUCGAACCUCAAAUCCGAACUAAAACCCUCCUUCCUCAUCUCGCACACGUUAUGCAAAACGCAACACGCCCCCAAAACCACCGGCAAGUCCUGCAGCUUCAUCUCGGCAGGCCCACCUCCCCUUCAGCCUCCCGAAAGCCUCCUUCGCAACUCUCUGCACUUCCCGAAUCUUGUCGUUGUACGCGUGCUGGGCCCACGUCAGGUUCGGGUGCGCGUAAGGGACAAGGACCCAGUCAGUCAGCGGGUGGCCCGAGCUCCCCACGACCCACGAGUCCUUGAGUGCUCCUCUGCCUGCUCGUUGGGAAAGUGCCGAUUUCUCGAGGAUUUGCUCGUCGGUCAUCGAGCCGGGCCAGCCGAUGCAGACGUCGGUGAAGGCUCCAGUGGGGUCCACCAAGCCCUGCACGGUGAUCGAGUAGCUCGUCUUCUGGUUGCGAUCCGUGUGCCGCUUGUUGAAGCGGCCACGUUUGUUUUAGGGGCGAUUAUUGGGAUGUGGGUGGUGUACAUGGACCCGCAGAGGGUGGGGAUGCCGGACAGCUGUUCGAAGUCACGUUUGAUUUCUGAUGACCGGUGGUCGUCCGGCCAGUGGAGGAAUUUGGGCAUGAGGACUGUGCGGAUGGCGGUGCAGACCUCGAGGACGAGUGGAGAUUCCAAGGCCGAACCGCUUGGAGACCUCCCGGAGGGCCUCGCCGGUGGCGAGCCGCCACACGCAGACCGCGACGCGCUGGCGGACGGGGAUGGCUUGCCGGAGCAUGGUGUCCUUUUUCGUGACUGUGGACUCCAGCUCGUCGCAGAUCAUGUCGAAGGUAGCUCUGCUCAUUCGGAAAUCACGCUUGAACUGCUCUUCUGGGUAAUCGGGGCUGUUCACCUGCUCCCACCACGCCUUCGACCGGCUCUUCACCCAGAGGCGGCGCUGCGCGCCGCCGGCGGCGGCGGAGUCCCC